AUGAGCGCGAGCACUGCCGGUCACAAUGUUUGGGAUGAUGAUUGGGAAAAGCAGGCAGAUACUCUCGACGAGCAGCCUCCGCCGGAGAAGAAAGUCUCGUCCAAAGUCACCAAAGCACAGCGCAGAGCGCAGCAGGCCGAAUUCAACCGCCAAUUAUGGGCUGAAGCAGAACAACCUCAGACCUUCCAUUUCCUCGAAGCCCAAUCCGACGUCCCCCUGAAACAAGAAUUCAAACCUACCGUCACUGUCCUCAGUCGCAAACCCCAAGCCUCCGCCUCGCGGAGUGCCGCAACACCCAAUACAGCGACAGCCGGUAUGGCCCGAUUGGCUCUGGUCGCGGACGACAAAGUCGAAGAGUCCGAUGAAGAGGACGAGAAAAAGAAACAACCUGAGCCGACUCCCGAAGAGCGUCAGGCGAUUGCAAUGCGGAGCCUGGAGGAGAGACAGCGCAAGUACGAGGAAGUCCGAGAGCGGUUGUUUGGGAGUCCGUCUGCCAAUACAUCCGGUACUUCGACCCCUCGCAGCGCAACCCCACCCAACAGGCAGAACGAGGGCCGAGGGAAAGGCAAGAGUCGAGGUGGUGGGAGAGACAACAACAGGGACAACAACAAGGAAAAGAGAGAUUCUUCGUCAACAUCAUCAAAGUCGCGACAAUUCUAUGACCCAGGGAAUGCUCCUCGGUCGAACUCAAACUAUGUACAGAGAAAGGAUAAUCAGUCUCCCGGUGAACGGGCAGGUGGUAGCCAACAGCAGUCCCCACGCCAGCCGUAUCGUCAUCCUCGAGGGCCUGAUGCCAAUGGCCGUGGCGGCUUCAGGCCCAGAGGCGCAAAAACAACUUAG